AAAAGAAAAGAACAAAAGAAUUUUUUUCUCUCAUCAAACUCCAACUCGGAGGACCACGCCUCCUCCUCUCAAAAUCUUCGACAAAAUCGCAAAACCACCGCCUCUAGUCGGCGGCGCCUCUGCCAAUCAACCUCCUUCUCCGCCGUUGUUAGUCUCGGUGUUCACGACAGUGGUCAUUAAAUUUGCAGUUGAAAGAUGCCGAAAGUGAAGACGAAUCGAGUGAAAUACCCUGAAGGAUGGGAAUUGAUUGAUCCAACACUUCAGGAGCUAGAAUCUAAGAUGAGAGAAGCUCAAAUGGAAACACAUGAUGGGAAGAGAAAGUGUGAAACUUUGUGGCCAAUUUUCAAAAUUGCUCACCAGAAGAGCCGCUACAUAUAUGAUCUUUAUUAUAGAAGGAAUGAGAUUUCCAAAGAGCUGUAUGAGUUUUGCUUGGACCAGGGCUAUGCUGACAGAAACCUAAUUGCUAAGUGGAAGAAGCCAGGAUAUGAGCGUCUAUGUUGCUUGCGUUGCAUACAACCACGAGACCAUAACUUUGGCACAACUUGUGUUUGCCGAGUGCCCAAGCAUCUGAGAGAGGAGAAAGUUGUAGAAUGUGUUCACUGCGGAUGUAAGGGUUGUGCUAGUGGGGAUUGAUUCAUUAAUCUCAAAUCCUAAGCCAAGGAUGUUUAGAACUAUGUUGUAACUGUUCAUAACUGAGGAUUUACUUGUUAUCUUAUUUGAGAAUCAUGCUUUAUUUUUCCAGGAUAUCCCAAGUAUACUUGAAAGAUUUUAUUUAUGUAAAUCAUUUGCGUGUGAUUUGAUGGUA